AUAAACCCGAGCGCAGCAGUUCAUUGCCUCAUGCGCUGUUGAGUGGGGGCCCCAAAAAGGUGACUAGGCACACGCCCACGCUGAUUAGGAGUGGACUUCCUAUCAGGGUUAUUAGGGAUUGGAAGGAGAUUGUGAGGAACGGCGAGACGAGGGAGAAGAUAGUUAAACUUAUGGAGAGCAGUUUCCGGAGGAAGCUGGAUGAAGGGUCUUUCUUUAAGAGGCUAGAGGAGCGGUUGGAUUUCGUGAUCGUUGCAGGAGAUUGGGCUGGUGCGGCUAUCGUCACGAAGGAGGGGCCGUUCCUGCUUCUGCUUCGGGAUGGGACGGUUGAUUUCCUGUGGGUGGCAUUACACGACGAAUCCUAUGGGCUUGGAUUAGACAGCGCCCUGAACCCGAACGUGGGCGGCCGACAAGGGAGGGGUGUUGGGAGGGAUCUAGUUUGGAGAAGUCGAGCGGGGAAUCCGGUGAAUGGGUGGUAUUUCGAAAGAAGCACGGGUCAUAAGAGGAUUAGCCCGGACGCGGGGAAGGGGGAUUGGGUGUUGUUCUGGUGUGAUGCCGAGGAACGAUUACGGAUGAGGGAGGAGGAAUUGAGGAUAUUUUGGGAAAAGGAGUUGGAAGAACCUGCGGAUGAGGAGAUGCGUGGGAGAAAGGUUAGGGUUCCUGGGUUGAGUUGGUUGAUGGAGGAGGAGAAGGGAAGACUUGAGAGGUGGGAGACGAUCGUGGGUGCUAUCCCGAGUUCUUGG